UAAAAUGAUCUAAGUCGGGAAACAAUGGCGGUUCUUAAGUUUUGUUUGGUUUUCAUUUUUAUAGAAGUUGUGCGUUGUGAUAUUUUUUCAAACAGCAUUACAAGAGCUCUAGUUCCACCGAGAAGAGACAUCUUUGUGUCAUCCACCCAAGUGCCAGAAGUGAUAAUUAAUCGCCAAUCGUUCAGCACCACACCGCAGCCCCAAAGUGACUCGCAAGGAUAUUUUUAUGAACCGCCAAACAACGCUUAUCUUCCACCGGAGAACAGUUAUCCUGAUGACUCACUGCCCCCUCCACAGCUGCCACCAUUUGCCGAUGAAUAUCCUUCGAUUGACAACGCAUAUUUGCCGCCGAAUAAUAAUCCGCCACAACAGGACAUUCCGGACUACUCCGAGCCUCCUGUAAAUGACUACCUGCCGCCUCCCCAGCAACCACCACAACGUGAUGAAAUUUUGGUCGUUACAACUGAACCAGGAUAUCAGUAUGACCCUCCCAGCUCACCGGCACCACCCUUCGCCGAUGAAGGAUUUCAGAAUCCGGUAACAAUCGAUAACGGAGGAUAUCGGUACGAUCCACCUUCAAACACAUAUCUCCCAUCGGUUGGUAGAUCCCUCCGUGACGAGGUACCAUCAAUAGGAAGAUCCCUACGGGACGAAUUACCUAAUGGCGCUCGUACCCCCAUACGACUUCAGCUGAACGACCUCACGUGUCUUCAAAACAACGGAGGAUUCUUCAGAUCGACUCUUACGCUGCAGAGUCCCAUCGAAGGAACACCUCUCGUCGACAUUGCUAACGAUAACGAUUUAGCGCGAUGUAGCGUUCGGGUGCAGCAAUCGCGACUUCUAAUCGAUAUAAAUUCUGGUGAUUUUUCGAGAUGUGGAGUGCAACAGUGUGGUACCAAUUCUCGGGAAAUGUGUCUAAGACUUCGGUUUCCCCAAAUAACCGGUAUGCGAACAGCAGCCGAUCCCAUCCUUACCCUUCAGUGUCGAAUACAGCAACGGGUAGUGGCAAGAACUCAUGCAGUGCGUCUUGGUGUUAGCAACGAUGCUCAAGCUAGGAGCUCCUCCUCGACAUUCGCUUUCGGAGGUUCUCAACGACCAUUUCGUUCUCAGUUAGUCUUACUACGCAGGCAAGACAACGGAGGAGCCUUUACCCGCACACUAGAACCUGGAGGUGCCGUGACCCUAGGCGAAGAAAUGGUUCUCCGAACUCAAGUGCGCAAUGGUGAUGGAUGGAACUUUACCCGACUGUCCGACGUGAUCAUGCAGCGGCUGUCCACCACGGGAAGUGUGCUCAACUCUGCCAACCUGAUAACGACAGCCGGUUGUUUGAAUCCAACCAUGCGAGCUAUCGUUCCACUGGCUCCCGUACUGGAAUCACCGCUUAGUUAUCGCUUGGCAUUCCGGGCGGCCAUGUUCCAGGGGAUGCGAAGUGGUGACGAGAUGGUUCUACGGGUUCGCAUCAUUGGGUGCGUCGAUCGACGCGAGUGCUUGGUGGAAAAUUGCUCGAACGUUCGCGCCAAACGAGAAGCUCCAAGUGAUAAUUCCAGCAGCAGCACCACCCCGGCAACGGAACAUGAACUGCCCUCGGAAGUCGCCACCAUUUCCUUCCGAAUCAUGUUACCGACAAAUGCGACCAUCGAUCUGUCACCCCAAUCGGAGCCCCUGUCGCUACUCACUUUUUCCAUUGUCAUAGGCUCGUUGAUAUUGGUUCUCGUUUUGAUUGUGCUCCUGAUUUUGCUGAAAUUACACCGCAACAAACAACUGACCUACGACGAAUACCGAUCGGAUUAAAACCACCAUGGCCAUGGCGCGCUCGGCGACGCCGCAGAAUUGAAUGCUCAUGUCCGUUCAGAAGUUCCCAUGCAUGGCCAAGCUAUUAAGAUAUGCAAUCGAGAGCCCCUUGUUUCAUCUUUCUCAGAGGUAGUUACGAAAACAAAGAAUGCACACAUAACAGGAGAACAAAUAAUCCAACGCAUAUCUACAUGGAGUUGAGGCAAAAAUCGUUCACUUUUACUGAGAUGCAGACAGUUUGCGCGUAAAGAAGUUGAGUAAUGCACUAUAUAUUUUAGGAAAUCAAGCCACAGCACGAGCGAAGGAUGAAAAACAAACUGGAAGCAUAACGAAAUCCUUUGAGAAUUCUGUUACCUCAUCAGUUUGAUUGCUACUGAGUCGA